UUAUAUACUUAUAUAUCAAGCAAGAUAUAGAAUCUCUAUUCCUCAUCUCAAAAUGGUUUCUGAAUCCAAAAUCCAUCUCUUCUUCAUCUCCACCCUCCUUUUUCUUCUGCAAAUCCGUCUCUCUGCCGGGCAGAAUGUCGUUAAAGCUGCCUAUUGGUCUGCUAACAGCGAAUUCCCAGUUUCGAGCAUAGACUCCACCCUCUUUACUCACCUGUUCUGUGCAUUCGCUGAUCUUGAUCCCCAAACCAAUCGAGUCGUUGUUUCUUCUGCAAACCAAGCAAGUUUCUCUACCUUCACACAAACUGUGCAACAAAAAAACCCUUCAGUCAAAACCCUUUUAUCGAUUGGUGGUGGAAGCUCAAAUCCAAAUGAUUUUGCUUCAAUGGUUAGCCAAUCUAGCUCGCGGAAAUCAUUCAUCGACUCUUCUAUAAGUUUAGCAAGGUCUUAUGGCUUUCAUGGCCUUGACCUCGAUUGGGAGUACCCUGACACAACAGCAAAGAUGUCCAACCUCGGUUUGUUUCUCAAUGAAUGGAGAGCCGCUGUGGCAAGUGAGUCCACCGCCUCUGGCAAGCCUCGCCUGUUUCUCUCUGCUGCUGUUUUUCGCAAUAAAGACUAUUACACCAUAAAUUACCCCAUCCAAGCUAUAUCAAACAGUUUGGAUUGGAUCAACGUGAUGGCCUAUGACUUUUAUGGUCCAGGUUGGUCCCCAACUUCAACAGGUCCCCCUGCUGCAUUGUACAACCCUGGAACUCAAGUCAGUGGAGAUUAUGGAAUCACAUCUUGGAUUCAGGCUGGUGUGCCUUCCACUAAAAUAGUGCUUGGAUUCCCCUUUUACGGCUGGGCAUGGCGGCUUUUGAAUGCCAAUAACCACGGCCUCUUUGCACCAGCAAACGGAUCAGCUCUGCCAGGUGAUGGUUCAAUAGGUUAUGGGCAGAUAAAAACCUUCAUUAGCCAAAACAGGGCAACAACUGUCUAUAAUGCGACUGUUGUAUCAAACUAUUGCUACUCCGGGACGACAUGGAUUGGCUAUGAUGAUACACAGAGUAUUUCUGCCAAGGUUUCAUAUGCUAAAGGUAAAAGUCUGCUAGGUUACUUUGCAUGGCAUGUUGGUGCAGAUGACAAUUGGACCCUUUCCAAACAAGCAUCAUCUACUUGGGGGGCAUAGGCGACGCUGGUUCCUGGCAAGAUAUAUAUAUAUAUAUACACACAACUCCAUAGAAUAAGAGAGUUUUAUGCACAACAUAUUGAAAGCAAUGGCACUGACAUAUAUAGAUGUCAUUAGAAUAAGCCGAAUAAGAUGUACUAUUUCAAAUAAAUAAAUAAGACAAGAAAGCAAUUACAAAUUUACAGAGCCA